CCAUCAAGUCGAUCGCGCAUUACCACCAUGUCGGAGCAGCCGUACGACCCCUACAUCCCCUCCGCGUCCAACGGGACGGCCAGCGCCAGUGCCGCGCAGAAUGGCGACCCCAGGACAAGGGAAAUCGACAAAGUAAGUGGCCGAUUCGCCUCUCUGCCCACUUCAUCGCACCCCUGCGAUGGAUCCCACCCACAUCAUGUUCUUUGGUGCUUUAGUGGGGCAUAUUCCCCCGGGCGUGAAAAACGAGCUGGUCUCCGGACGAGAUGAGCUCAUCACCACCAGGGCUGAUCGCAAAACAUGGGCUAACAUCUCCUCUUACUCCUCUUCUAGAAAAUCCAGGAAACCGUCGACACGAUGCGCUCGAAUAUCUUCAAGGUCUCCGAACGUGGUGAACGCCUAGACUCCCUCCAGGACAAGACCGACAAUCUGGCCACAUCAGCCCAGGGUUUCCGCCGCGGUGCCAACCGUGUGCGGAAGCAAAUGUGGUGGAAGGACAUGAAGAUGCGCGUGUGCUUGAUCGUCUGUAUCAUUAUUCUGCUGAUUGUGAUUAUCGUUCCUACUGGUAAGAUAGAUCUGCGCACCUCCCCCCUCCCCCCUCCCCCGGGCCUGGGGCCACUCGGCACUUGUUUCCGCAUGCGCUAACCGUUCUUUGCAGUCGUCACCACCAGGCAUUAAGCUACGAAUGCCGCGACAGUCAUGAUUGGCCUGGGAAUGGAUGACGUUCUGCUUUCGCCUGGCCCUGGUUUACGUGUGUUGAGACCGAUGAAGCUUUUUGUUUCCAGCUAU